CUAACUAAACUAAGAAAAGUCUCUGAUUCAAUCGAAUGUCCUCUCUCUCUCUCUCUCUCUCUCUCUCUCUCUCUCUGAUGCCAUUGUUUUCUCUCUCUGGAUUUUCAGUCUCCGCCCAGAAUAUAGCAGAGAUCUCUCAAAAUCACAACAUUCUUAGUCGAGGUACUUGUCUAUGUCUACUUAACCAACGUUGAACAAAAACACCAACUUUUUUCUUUUCUUUUCUUUUUCCGUUUAAAUUCCCAAAGUUGUUCAAAUUUUAGAUCUAUCACCACCACCUUUUCUGCCUCAUCAAUUGCAUACUCCACCAAAAUACUACACAUACAUAACAUUCACCCUCUCUCUCUCUCUCUCUCUCUCGGGUUUCGGAAAAAUAGAUUUUGAUCGAAACCCAUGAACCCUUAUAGUACCCUUUUAUGUAUUCUCCAUUGCCCAUUUUCUAUCUCUCUCUCUCAUUUCAUUUGGGUCUCUCCUAACUUGAGUGUCCUGUUAUGUUCUGUUUUGGUUACAGAGAGAAUAAUAAGAUGCUAUUUUUCUCUGUGAUCAAAGUUCUGAAAAGUUAGAAUCCGAGGCCAUUUCUUUGGAGGGUACUAACACUAAUGAUAUCCGUUUUGUUUUCAUUUUGAGAGCAUAUGGCUUUUCUCUUAUUAAGGUCACUUUUCAGAAUGCAAUCUUAUUCUUAUUACGGUUCCCGUUUUGGAACAGUCACUCUUUGUAAAAGUUUGAUUUGAUGAUACACAAGUAACAAGGGGUUUUCUUUUCCUUCUUUCCCCCUCUUUUUGUUUUCUUUUCCUUUUUUUUUAAAAUUUUAAAAUAUCUCUCUCUUUUGUAAUAAAAUUGCUAAAAGCUUUGGUAUAUUAUAAAGGGAGAGCGUUGGCUUUAGCAUGCAACUUGGCUCCGGUAAAAAACAAAUAAAAAUAAAGAAGGGAGCGUCUCUGAUAGAGAGAGCAAGCGCCACGACACUAAUAAUAUAGAAUAAACAAAAGAAUAUUCAAGACACCAAAAAGAUCAUGCAAGAUAAUAUGAAGAAGCAGAAGCAGAAGCAGGUAGUGGUGGUGGCCAAUAAUGAAGAAUCUAAUAAGAAGAAGGAGCAUCGCAUUGUUAUGUGGACUCAAGAGGAGGAUGAUAUUCUGAGGGAGCAGGUUGGAAUCCAUGGAACUGAAAAGUACUCAUAACACCACACUUUUUCACUAUAUUGACUGGGGUAUUAUUGCUUCUAAAUUCAAGGAUAAAACUACAAGACAGUGCAGAAGGAGAUGGUUCACUUACUUGAAUUCUGAUUUCAAGAAAGGGGGUUGGUCACCGGAGGAAGAUAUGCUCUUGUGCGAGGCUCAGAAACUAUUUGGUAACCGGUGGACAGAAAUAUCAAAGGUGGUUCCAGGCAGAACGGAUAAUGCUGUUAAGAACCGGUUCUCCACAUUGCGCAAAAAGAGAGCGAAAAAUGAAGCAUUAGCGAAAGAGAACCACACUUCUUACACCAAUUCAAAUAAUAAGAGGGUUAUUCUACAACAUGGACAUGUUACAGAUUCAGCAUCAGAAUCUGGUGUGUCUACUAAGAAGAUGAGGAGGCCGCAUAUUCCAGUGGUAGAAGAAAGGAUAAACUAUGGAGACAGAUUACAUAAACAAAAUGGAACUCAGAUAAGUCAGCAGCCAAGAGCGCCAUUCGCCGUGCUACCUCCGAACUCUCAUAAUGUCAACAACUUAUCAGAUCAGCAUGAUAUCUGCAGUUUGAAGUUUAAUGGUUAUGGCCAAAACAAGUUGCAAGGGACAUUCCUCAAAAAGGAUGAUCCAAAGAUAAACGCAUUGAUGCAACAAGCAGAGUUGCUAAGUUCAUUAGCUCUAAAAGUUGAUGCAGAGAACAUGGACCAAAGUCUAGAAAAUGCAUGGAAGGUUCUUCAAGAGUUUCUGAAACGAACCAAAGAGUCUGAUGGUCCGAGAUGUAAGGUUCCGGAUCUACAGCUUGUAGAUCUAGGAGAUUGGUUGGAGGACUUGAAGAGUAACAGUGAGGGAAUUCAACCAUGUUGGAGGAAAUUUAAAUCCAUUCAAAACACAAAGUUCUAUGAGGACUAUAGUUUCGGAUUGUAUUCUAGGCAAAUGGAAUUAUAUGAAGACUCUCCUGGCAGUUCUGAGUACAGCACAGGAUCAACUCUCCUCCCUCAUUUGGGUGCCGACAACUCGGAACACUCGCUGCAUCAGGAAAUUGAAACUGAACUCAAGUCAAUACACAUUGGAGAUCAAAAGGAAUGUGAGCAAGGUGUUCUUUCUACUGCAACUUUGGAUCAAGAUGUUUUCGCAUUAAAUAAGGAUCGGAUGAACAAAGAUGGCAUUGUUUCUGCCUCAUCAAUGACAGAGUUCAGUUCCCCUCUUCAAGUUACACCUCUGUUCAGAUCCUUGGCUGCAGGAAUUCCUAGCCCUCAAUUUUCCGAAAGCCGAUUCCCAUCAUUGCCACAUCACCACUUAAAAUCAAGCUACAUUGAGAAGGAGAGGAACUUCCUCAUGAAAACACUUGGAAUGGAAUCUCCAUCCCUCAACAACAUAAGCCUAAACCCCUCGCAACCACCACUCUGCAAAAGAGCCCUGCUACAAAGCCUAUAAUCUCAUUCUCUAAUCCUUCUAAACUACAAAUAUCUGCAUGUCCUUCUCUCUUCUUCACCCUUGGCAAAUCCGGCUUUGCCUAGUUCUCCUUUUACCUCAUUCGAGGAAAAAAUUUGCAGUUUUGGUAAGCCUGAAAAGUUUUGAAAGCCAUUUACCCUCCAUCGUCCUCCCAAAAUGUUACGGCACAUUCUGAGAGGAUCUUUAAAACAUGUCUAACACUAUCCAUGCACAAAAAAAGUGUGCAUGGUGUGUCAUUCUUUUUGGUUUGUUCUGGGUUUGUUUUUUCUCCAAUCCAGCUUUUUCUCUUUGGUUUGCUUUUCUUUCUUUUUUUGUACAGAGAAUGCUGUGUGAUUACUUCGUCGUCCGGAGUGUGUGUAUACAUCGGCAAAUCGCCAUCCGUACUACAUAUAAUGAACAGAGAGACAUAGAUAGAAGAGAGGAAAAAAAAUGAAAAAGAAAAAAAUAAGAAGAGAGUAAAAGGAUUAACCAGUAGGAAAUUGGAUUCCUAUUUGUUAUUUUGGGUGUGCAUAGGUCAUAGAAUAAGAUUAUUCUUUUUUUCUUUAUUUGGUUCUGAUGUACUGAAUCAUAAUAUAGAUUGGAGUGGAAAUGCAUUUGGCUUUGGUGUGCAAAACUACUGUUUUU